CCUCCACCUCUCUCUCUCUCUCUCUUUCUCUCUCUCUGCAGCAAAGACGACCUUCUCCACCUUCUCUCACCCCCCGAAAUCCCUCUCUCCGAAAUUCCUAUAAUGCCCAUGGCUUUUAGGUUAUUUUCUUCCCGUCUCCGCUCCCGUCUUCACCACUCCCUCGCUCAUCCCGUCUCCAUCCACCGUCCAUCUCCUCCAAUCCGCUCCCAUCUCCAAUCUCAGCCGUCAAUGGCGUCUCCCUCCCCCCAUCUCUUUCCAAUCCCCACCAAUCAAUCCCCCUUCUUCUCCACCAUCACCUCAUUACAGCUCCGCGCCCUGUCGACCCUCCGUCGCCCCCCAAUACGUUCAUCCCGCACCGUCGAUAUCGGCGCCCGGGCCCGCCAGCUCCAGAAUCGACGGCUGUGGACCUACGCCCUGACCUUCAGCUGCGUGGCCGGCUUCAUCAUCAUCGUCCUCAGCAACUUUCAAGAUCAGAUGGUCUUCUACGUGACGCCGACCGAUGCCCUUGAGAAAUUCGCCGCUAACCCUUCGAAGAACCGCUUCCGCCUCGGCGGUCUUGUCCUUGAGGGCAGCGUCGUCCAGCCCGCGUCCUCACCUGAGAUGGAAUUCAUCAUCACCGACCUGAUCACAGACAUCCUCGUGCGGUAUGAGGGCUCGCUCCCUGAUCUCUUCCGGGAGGGGCAUUCUGCAGUCGUUGAAGGGACCAUUCGGCCGUUUGAUGAUGAGGCAGGUCGCCCCCGGGACGGCUUCUUCUCAUCGGGGAAGGCCGUGUCGGAGAAGGCACGGAGCGGGAUCUGUUAUUUUGCAGCGACGGAAGUGCUUGCUAAGCAUGAUGAGAAGUACAUGCCGAAGGAGGUAGCGGCUGCAAUUGAGAGGAAUAAGGCCAAGAUUGAGGCCAGCGAGUCCGCGGAGGCAGCAAGCAUUUGAAUUUGAAUUUUGGGAUUAAGAUUUUUGAAUCCUUACACGACAUCACUUGUUCUAUUUUACCUGGGAUUGUAGGAGCCUUUAGGAAAGAGUAUUUUAAUCUUUCUUCUUUGGCAGUUCUAUUGAUUGCAGGUGCUUUGACUUUGGAAAUGGGACAUGUCCCUUCGGAACUGGUUGUUUCUACAAGGUUCUUUGUCUUCUAAACAUUUCUUGCUUUUGGUUCAUAUUUAAUUAGUAAGAAUCUGCUCCUCUAGGAUGCAUUUUUGCAACUUGCUUGGAGGGAUACCUCUAGCUUACUUUUAAGUUCCAUAUUCUGCACCUCUAGUUUAUUUCUAAGUUCCAUAUUCUAUUGGUGUAGCAUGUUGAAUUUUACAGUAUUUUCUGUUCUGAAAGUCAAGCAUUGCUGUGGAAUGGCCCACACCAGCAGGACCUACAGAUGUAUACCCAAGGUUUUGGCCCCACCAGAGGGUUGAAUUUAACCUAUUACAGUCAUUCAUACCAGGCCAUGCAACAAGAUCUGGCUGUACAUCUGUAUGGAUCUGAUUAUACAUAGAUGCCACCGUGUUGUCAUGCUCAUCAUGGCUUCCUUUUAGUUUAUUCUUUUGUUUUACUACAAUGUUUAAGGACUAGAAUGGUAGGUUAGUUGUGUGGCCAGUAGUUGCUUGUUGGUUAAGGAUACUGUACACAGAGGUAUGUAGAGACUUCUAUUGUUGAAUUGAAUGAAUAUUUUCUUUGAGGUUUUCCCCCUCAAACUUUCAAUGAUUAGAAUUCACUGAGAGUGUGAGGCUCUCAGAUUGCUAGUGUGACACAAUUAGACCUAUUCUUCUCCAUUUUCCCUCUCUCGUGGUCCAGCAUCCAGCAUGGAUUCACAAUCCAACAUGCAUAAAAUCCUUGUGCAUGUGCAUGUGUGUGGGGAGGGAGGGAGCGAAGGGGCCAGCUGGCUCAGGCGGGCCCCACUAUGUUGUGUUUUUGAAAUCCACUCCGACCACAGGUGCCUGCGCAAUUUUAGGCUCAGGGCUAAAAAACCAGCCCUAUCCAUGAUUCAAGUGGGCCAUACCAAGGGAAACAGUUCGAAGGGGAACGCCCACCAUUACAUGUGUCAUCCCAUGUUAGGCCUAGGGCCAAAACCUGUUGUUCAGGUGGACCACACCAAAGGAAACAGUUGGGAGAGACGUCCUCCGUUGAUUUUUUACAGGGCCAUCCAUGUCUAGUUAAUGUGGAACUCCAUCAUGAAAUUGUCUUAUUUGAUUUUGUCAUGUUUUUAGUGCUAACUUCCUUGUUACCUUUAUGAAUCUUUUCAAGGGAUUGAGAGGGCGGGAGGGAUCAUUGCCUUUCCCCUGGACAAUUGCAUUCUAUGGGUUCCAUGUCUUGUGUCUUCCACUUGUAGCAUACCUGUUAUGGUAAUUGUUUCAUUACAGCUUGCCAAUUUUCCGGGGCUUGAUUUCAUGCAUUUGGUUAUUUCAACAUGAAUGCCGUGAUGGCCACUUAGAAGAAGUGGUACUAUGACAUCUUGGCACUGAAGAUGGAAACACAGUGAUAGCUAAAGAUAUCAGGUUUGGCUUUGCUUAGGUAUCACUUUCUCCAAUUUUUCUAUUUGGUAUUCAAGUGCAUUAUCUGUAUCCUUCUGCUUGCAUUUGUUUCUUACAAAAUUCAUGGUUCUUUCAGGCUCUCAGACUUUCUUAGUAGGUUGCAUCUAUAAUGGGUGAGCUAAGCUUGUUAAAAAGCUUAAAUGUAAGUUUGAAGUCUGUGACUUGUCUAUACCUCUUGUUUUCUGCGCCUUUUUUCGUGUUUCUUAUGUACGGAGUUUUGCUAGCACUACACUCCCUUACGCUUAGCCGAUCUGUUAACAUGGUUUUAAAUGAUGUCCGAUACAACUUGGCGCUGUCCCGGCCUUAUUCAUUUUUGGUUUGACCUGAAAUGAGUCAUGUGACUGAUAGGGGGCUGAAACUGGGACAGAAAUGGAUCUGUACAGGAUCAAAAUGGACAAGUCUGGGUGAGUUGUACUGGUUUUUGUCCCCAUUGCACUCCAAAACUGCAAUUUAAAUCCUUGCUUGUCAACUGGGCAUUUGUUGGAACACCUCAGCCAUGCAUUGGGCGGGCUCCACCAUGAAGAGAUGAUCUAGAGGAAUAUUCAGGAUGGUUCAUUCAAUAGGCAGGACAGCCCUGGGCAAAAAAUGCUUGGAUGGCUUGGAAGUUGACCAUCAGAUUCAACGUAGAAAGGAAGGGGCUUCUCUUUUUAAUGUAGGGGCAUUUUCACACCGGGCUCGAGUGGGGUAGCCUGUGGGAUGCAGGGACACACUCGGGGUGGGUGGCCCGUGUGAAGCGGAACUCAUGUGAAGUGGGGCCCAUGAGAGGGUUCGGCCGAGAUUCUAACCCAUGCAAUGUGGGGCCUAGGCUAUCAGAUAAAGGGAUUGAUUCACCACCACUCUCUAUUAGUUCGAGCUUUUAGAGCAAGUGGUUAAUUGUCCUGCAUCACUUUCUCUAUAUGCUCCUGAUGAGUAGGCCUGUUCGAUUUUUGUGCUAUUUGAGCUUCAUGGUUUUUCUCAUUUUAUAUGCAGCUUAGAUGUCUGACAAACUAUUCCUGAUUGGCACACGUUUCAUGUAAAAGCAUGUGUGGAAGGUGUAUUGUCUAUGCAUGGCUAGCGGAUCUCUCAUGUAUAAUUCUGCCUUCCUUUUUCUUACCCUUGACAAUGACACUGCCGUCGGGACCUAUACUGCAAUCCAGGAAAGGUCCGCCAACUCAAAGUGCUGAAAGUAUGCUCUCCCUUGAUACUCCACUUGCAUAUAAAGGUGAGCUAUUCAUUCCUCUUCAGUCUCUACAUUUUGUAUGCAGGUCGUCCCUUGCAAUGUGUUCGAAAUUCAUUUUACUGCCACCAUGCAUUGACAGCUUAUACAAUAUUCAACUCUUGAAAAUGAAGGCCUCCCCCUCAUACACCUCCCUUCUAAAAGACCUCCCCGCCUCCUCCUAAACCCCCAAAAUUCUUAUAAUGGCCAUGGCUUUUAUGUUAUUUACACCCCGACUCUGAUCCCGUCUCCACCACCCCCUCUCUGAUCCCAUCUCCAUCCACCAUCCAUCCCCUCCGAUCCGCUCCAAUCUCCAAUCUCAGCCGUCAAUACCGUCUCGUCUCCCUUCUCUCUCCAAUAUCCCUUCUUCUCCACCAGCUCCUCAUCACAGUUCCACUCCCUAUCCAUCCUUCGUUGCCCCCUAAUAUGUUCACCGUGCAUCAUUGAUAUUGGCGCCCGGGCCCAUCAGCUCCAGAACCGACAGCUAUGGACCUACACCCAUACCUUCAGCUGUGUGGCCAGCUUCAUCAUCUUUGUCCUCAGCAACUUUAAAGAUUAGUAGAUGGUCUUGUACGUGAGGCCUACUGAUGCUUUUAAGAAAUUCGCCGCCAACCCUUCGAAGAACCGCUUCAGCCCCAGCAGCCUUGUCCAGCCCAUGUCCUCGCCCGAGAUGGAAUUUGUCAUCACUGACCUCAUCACUAACAUCCUCGUGCGGUACAAAGGCUCACUCCCCGAUCUCAUUUGGGAGGUGCAUUCUACUAACAUCCUCAAGAGGAAUAAGGCCAAGAUUGAAGCUCGCGGGCAUUGCACAAAUUUGAAUUUUGGGAGUAAGAUUUUUGAAUCCUUAUACAACAUUACUUGGUAUUGCCUUAGCUCUAGAUGGAUGGAAAUAAAUGAUAUGGCUAGAAAUUUAUUUUUUUUGGGGGCAACUAAUCUAGUUUUUGGUGUAGAAUUGUAUAAGUUGCGGUGAAGCAUAGGCAUGAUUAUUUUGAGGAUUUUCCUCAUUCUUUUGUUUUGUUGUUGUAAGCGGCACAUUCAUCAUCUUGUUUUCCCUCAUUUUUUUGCCUAACAAAAUGGGAUAGUUAUGUGAAUAAGGGAAUAUGGUUUUUGUAUUAA